AUGCAGCGGCAGGGCGGCUGGAUCGAGACGGACAGCGAUCUGGACUGGGACUUGCACUGGGCCGACGUGGGCUGGAUCCGCGAGAACUUGGACGCCUUCACGCCGCUUCAAGAUCACCAGCGGAUCAACCACUUCCAGAACCACUACGAGCUCACGCGCAAAGACCUUCUGGUCAAGAACCUCAAGCGCAUCAAGAGGCAGUUGGAGCGCAGUGGAGACGCGGAAUCCAGACGCGAGGCAGAGCUCUACGACUUCUGGGCAGCGACGUUUGUGCUGCCUCACGAGUACGGUAUGUUUCUGGAGGAGUUCAAACGCACUCCAGGGGGCAGGUGGAUCAUGAAGCCUGUCGGCAAGGCUCAGGGACGCGGUAUCUUCCUGUUUGAAAAGCUCAGCGACAUCAGCGAGUGGAAGCGGGAGGCCUCGUGGAAGGGUGACGGUGCCAUACAAGCCAAGACAGCGGACACGUACAUUGUGCAGAAGUACGUCGAGUCGCCGUAUCUGCUUGGCGGCAAGAAGUUCGACUUGCGGUUGUACGUGCUGGUGACAAGUUUCUCCCCGUUGAGCUUUUGGAUCUACCGAGCAGGGUUCGCACGCUUCUCGCAUACGCGCUACUCGCAGAGCAAAUGCGACAUGGACAACCUAUUCAUGCACUUGACCAACGCGUCGGUGCAAAAAGGUGCGGACGACUACGACGAGCGGCUUGGCUGCAAGUGGCCUCUGCACAGCCUCAAGAUGUUCCUGAUAAGUAAACACGGCCAAGAAGCGGUGGAUCGGUUGUUCUUCUCCAUCCAGUCGCUCAUCACGCGCUCGCUCCUAGCAGUCCAGCCGACGAUCAUACAGGACCGACACUGCUUCGAGCUCUACGGCUACGACGUCCUCAUUGACAGCACGCUCAAGCCGUGGCUCAUUGAAGUGAACGCCUCGCCAUCGCUGACAGGCGAUACGGACGCCGACUACUCGCUCAAAGCGAAUCUCGUGCAGCACACGCUCGAUAUCGUGGAUCUUGAGCGUCGUAGAGAGGGCAACGAGCUGCACGUCGGUGGCUUUGACCUCAUCUGGAGCAAUGGCAGCGCCGUACCAAAUGCCAAACCGAAUGGCUACAGUUCAUACCUGGGCUGCACGUUCGAGACCAUGGACGCCCCAGAACGAGGCUAAAUGGAGUUGCAAUGAAGCAAUGCUAGUUCAUUCGACCCUGU